GAGACCAGAACACUUCACAACUUAAAGGCUUAGCUUUUAAAAAGGAUCCUUCAGUCGUAUGUCUCCUAGCAUCAGUAGAAGAAGAAGAAAGCAAAGGUUAAAAUCAACUGUUUCAAGUUUCCGAUAUAAAAAGUUUUCAGGAAAAUCCUGGCAAAACUGGAAAAAGACCAGGUCUGGUCUUCCUACAUCUCUACUUCCUUGUAGCUGCUGCUUUCGAGGACGUGACUCUUGCAAGCUCUCAAGAAAAGGCAAAUAAUCUAACUGCUUGAGAUCAAAGAACCUCAUGAAGACUUAUUUCAAGUUGCUGAUAUAAAAAGUGGAAGUUUUCAGAAAAGCCCUGAGAAGAAAGUUGCAGCUUUGAUAUGAGUGAACAAGUAAACCUACCUGAAAUGACCAAAGACUGGACCAAAGAGCAUGUGAAACAAUGGGUAACCAAAGACCUUAAGAUUGAUGAGAAAUAUGGGCAGAUUCUGCUCCGUGAAGAAGUGACAGGAUUAGUCCUGCAGGAAUUAACUGAGAAGGACCUUAUAGAAAUGGAGCUACCACGGGGUCCGGCAAUUUUGAUAAAACGUUCUUAUAACAAAUUGAAUAACAGUUCCCUUGAAAGUAGCAGUCAGGAUUCUGGGCAAUUAGAUCAUACAAAACCCUCCAAAAAAGAACACAAAGAAAAGCCACAACAAUGUCACCCAAAAUCGGAAAAGGAAAAAUCAAUGUCCUCCAAUAUUGAUCACGAUCUCAGAGACACCAGAGAUACCAAAGAACAAGAAUUGAUUCUUAUGAAAGAAAAUGCAUUAAAUGAAGUAGCGAUCGGUAAAGACAAAAAAAAGAAUAAGCUGGAAACUGAACAGUUGGCUUGUAUGCCAUAUCCUUUUGAUCAGUUUCAUGACAGCCAUCGUUACAUAGAACAUUAUAUUCUACAACCUGAAACAGGACCACUCAAUCUCAUAGACCCAAUACAUGAGUUCAAAGCCCUCACAAAUACAGAAACAGCCACAGAAAAGGACAUUAAGAUGAAAUUUAGCAACGAAGUCUUCCGAUUUGCAUCAGCUUGUAUGAAUUCACGCACCAACGGCACCAUCCAUUUUGGAGUCAAAGACAAACCCCACGGAGAAAUUGUCGGUGUGAAAGUCACCAGUAAAGAUUCCUUCAUUGACCACUUCAAUAUAAUUAUCAAACAGUAUUUUGAAGAAAGUGAGAUCAAGGUAGCCAAGAAGUGCAUUCGGGAGCCACGGUUUGUGGAAGUCCUACUGCAGAACAAUACACCAUCUGACAGAUUUGUCAUUGAAGUAGAUGUUAUUCCAAAACACUCUGUAUGUAAGGAAAAGUAUUUCCAUAUUAAGAUGCAAAAUUGUAAAAACGACACAUGGAAACAAAACCAAGAUCUUUCACUGUUUGUGAGAGAAGGGGCUAGCUCUAAGGAUAUCCUGGCCAACAUCAAGCAACGGGAUAUAGAUUUCAAAGCAUUUAUAAAAAAUUUAAAGUCCCUAGUAACAUCUAGAAAAGAGGCUGAAGAAGAAUAUGACAUGAAAGCAAAUAAGAGGGAGAGUGAAGGACAAAAGCUGGUUAAACUUCUCAUAGGAAACCGAGACUCACUGGAUAACUCAUACUACAGCUGGUACAUUCUUGUAACAAAUAAGUGCCAUCCAAACCAAACAAAGAGCUUAGAUUUCCUAAUGGAAAUGAAAUGGUUUGCUGUGUUGGAGUUCGACCCUGAAUCUCAGAGCAAGGGGGUGGCCAAAGCUUACAAAAAAAGCCGAGUAACAAACCUUCACUUUCCAAAUCAGUAUGAAGAAAAGACAACUCCCAUGAGGGAGAAAAUUUCUAGUCUGAAUCUUUACCAGCAGCCCAGCUGGAUUUUCUGCAAUGGCAGAACGGACCUAAAAGAUGAGAGGUAUAAGCCUUUAGAACCACAUUUAUGGCAGAGAGAACGAGCUUCUGAAAUCAGGAAUCUGAUUUUGUUUCUCACAGAUGAAAAUAUAAUGACAAAAGGGAAAUUCUUGGUAGUGUUUCUAUUACUCUCUGCAGUGGAAAGCCCAGGAGAUCCCCUCAUUGAAACCUUCUGUGCUUUCUACCAAGCUCUCAAAGGAAUGGAAAAUAUAUUGUGUAUCUGUGUAAACUCACAGAUUUAUCAACGAUGGAAAGAUCUACUGCAAACAAGAUUGACAAUGGCAGAUGAAUUAGCAAACCACAGUAUUUCCACUUUAAAUUUGGAAUUGAUAAACAGUACUGUUCUUAAACUAAAACCAGCAACUGAGUCAUCAAGAAGGUUUUUGCCCUCCAGUGGGUGUUCUUCUGUUAUCUUAGAGAAAAAGAAAGAAGAUAUCUUGACUGCACUGGAAAUCCUCUGUGAAAAUGAGUGUAGAGACACAGACAUAGAGAAAGAUGAAUUUAAAUUCCAAGAAUUUAAGAAAUCAAAAGAAGAGUACUUUUAUCGGGGUGGCAAAGUAUCCUGGUGGAACUUCUAUUUUUCUUCCGAAAAUUAUUCAUCACCAUUCGUCAAAAGGGACAGUUAUGAAAACCUUAAAGAUCUGAUAGUGUGCAGGGCAGAGUCUCCUAAGCCAACAUUUGCAAAAAUCAUCAAUCUUUAUCAUCAUCCAGGCUGUGGGGGUACUACAUUGGCUAUGAAUGUUCUCUGGGACCUAAGGAGAAACUUCAGAUGUGCUGUGUUAAAAAACAAAGCAACUGAUUUUGCAGAAAUUGGUGAACAAGUGACCAAUUUGAUUACCUAUAAGGCAACCAGCCAGCAGGAUUACGUUCCUGUACUUCUCCUUGUAGAUGAUUUUGAAGAACCGGAAAACGUCUGUGUUCUACAGAAUGCCAUUCAGUCCAUUUUCGCAGAAAAGGGUUUGCGAUAUGAAAAAACACUGGUAAUUAUCUUAAACUGCAUGAGAUCUCAGAAUCCUGAUCAAAGUGCAAAAUCAGCAGACAGUAUUGCACUAAUACACCGACUUUCUCCCAAGGAACAAAGAGCUUUUGGGGCCAAACUGAAGGAAAUUGAAAAGCAACACAAGAACUGUGAAAACUUUUAUUCCUUCAUGAUCAUGAAAAGGAAUUUUGAUGAAAUGUAUAUAGAAAAUGUAGUCAGGAAUAUCCUAAAAGGACAGGAUGCUGACAGCAAGGAAGCACAACUCAUUUCUUUCCUGGCUCUACUCAACUCUUAUGUUACUGAUUCUACAAUUUCAGUAUCACAGUGUGAAAUAUUUUUGGGAAUCAUGUACACGAAUACACCCUGGGAACCUGAAAGCCUAGAAGACAAGAUGGGAGCCUAUUCUACACUUCUAAUAAAAACAGAAGUCACAGAAUAUAGGAGAUACACAGGUGUGCGCAUCAUUCAUCCUCUGAUUGCCAUUUGCUGUCUAAAAGAACUGGAAAAAAGCUAUGACUUGGACAAAUGUAAAAUUACGUUGAAGAUCUUAAAAGAGAAUUUAUUCUAUGAUUCUGGAAUAGGAAGAGACAAAUUUCAACAUGAUGUGCAAACUCUUCUGCUUACAAGACAGCGCAAGGAGUAUGGAGAUGAAACAGACACUUUGUUUUCUCCAUUAAUUGAAGCUUUACAGAAGAAAGAAAUUGAAAAGGUUUUAAUUGAAGGAAGUAUUCGAUUCCCACAAAAUGCAUUCAUUUGUCAGGCCUUAGCAAGACAUUUUUACAUUAAAGAGAAGAACUUUAACACUGCUCUGGAUUGGGCAAAUCAGGCCCAAAGGAGAGCACCUGAAAAUUCCUAUAUCUCAGACACACUUGGUCAAGUCUACAAAAGUGAAAUCAAAUGGUGGUUGGAUGAAAACAAAAACUGUAAGGAUAUUAGCAUUAAUGAUCUAACACAUUUCCUAGAAACUGCUGAAAAAGCCUCAAGAGCUUUCAAAAAAUCCCAAGAGCAAACUGAUAGGAAAAACUAUGAAACAGAGGCCUGGUUUUCACAGAAGUCUCUAAGAAAAUAUGUCUUGUACAAUACAGCUGGUUUCUUGGGUGAAAUAGAAGUUGGUCUUUAUACUAUUCAGAUUCUUCAGCUCACUCCCUGUUUCCACAAAGAAUAUGUAUUAUCUAAAAAGUCUAUGGUAGAAUUUUUAUCAGGAAAGGGGACUAUCCCUACGAAUUCAAAAAGUGAAUAUUAUUCAGCUCUUAGGAAGUUCACAUCCUACUUACAAAAUUUACAAUCAGAUUUGAAAAGGUGCUUUGACUUUUUGGCUGAUUAUAUGGGUCUUUUGGAAAUGAGGAAUACCCAAAAAGAAAUAGCAGAAAUCGUAUCAAGCAAGAAAAUCAGUCGUUGUUUCAGGAAAUACAUGCAAUUUUUCUGCCAUUUGGAUUUGGGUCCAUUACAAAGCAAAGAGAAUCAGUUACUUGAAGAGGAGAAUUGCAGGAAAGGUCUAGAAGCAUUGAGAGCAGAUAGGUUUUCUGGACUCCUGGAAUAUCUUAAUCCAAAUCACAAAGAGGCUGCAACCAUUAUGGAAAAUAUAGUGAAAAAAUACACCGUCCUAUUGCAGCAAAACCCAAACAAACAGUGGACAAAGGAGAAACAAAAUUUCAUUUUGGCCAACAUUAUUCUCAGUUGUCUAAAACCUACCUCCAAGUCCAUUCAACCACUUCCCUCACUAAAAAAACAGCUCCGAGAAGUGUUGCAUCUCGUAGGACUAACUCAUCAAUAUCCAGAUCCUUAUUUCUUGGCCUGCCUCCUGUUCUGGCCACAAAAUCAAGAGCUAGAUGAAGAUUCCCAGCUAAUGGAAAAGUAUCUUUCAUCCUUAAAUCGAUCCUUCAAGAGACAGUACAGGAACAUGUGCAGAUCCAAGCAGGCAAGCACACUUUUCUAUCUGGGGAAAGGGAAGGGUCUCAACCGUCUUCUUCACAAGGCAGAGGUAGAGCAAUACUUUGGUAAAGUACAAAAUACAAAUUCGCUCUGGCAGAAUGGAGAUGUGUGGGAAAGAAAAGAAGUCAGAGACCUCCUGUGCCGUCUAAUUGGUCAAGCUGAAGGCAAGCUAAUCUCUAUAGAAUAUGGAACAGAGAAAAAAAUAAAAAUACCAGUGACAUCUGUUUAUUCAGGUCCACUCAGAAGUGGUAGGAACAUAGAAAGAGUAUCCUUCUACCUAGGAUUCUCGAUGGAAGGCCCUCUAGCAUACGAUGUAGAAGUAAUUUAAGAUGAGAUUUUAACUCAAAUAUGUUUGUUCAUAUCUCUCUAAGAUUUUGUUCCCUCUCUCCAUUCCUAUGGCAUUUUGAUGACAUUGUUGGCUUACCUCUAAUCACAGAUUUUGCUUUUGUUUCCCCAAAUGAAUUAUAAGGCUUUUUUAGGGCAGGAAAUAUAUCUACACACAGAGCUUGGCACACAGCAGUCAACUGUUCAAUGUUUUAAAUGUGCAUUUUCAGACUAAUAUUUAAUUAAGAAGUUUCAAUUGGUAUCCACUGGUCACAUAAUAUCUGGUUGUAAGUCAAUAAAAUGGGUUUUAAUUGUA